GUCUUCGCCGGAAAGAAAUCUCAACGCAAUAAUAUUAUCGAAAUUGUGAAAAUUAUGCUGGCUUUAGAACAUUUUUGCUCGCUUCAUGCGUAAAUUUGAACGUGGGAAAUUCUUCUGAGAUGUCUGUAGAUACAAGAACUCCUCUCCUAACAGAUCGAGAGAACAUGUACUCCGUUGGUGACCAAGAUCAUGAAAGGCUGCGAAAAGACAGCACGGACUCGCAACUUACAGCUCUUGCCGAUCAACUUGGCUUGCAACCAGACGCUUUCAGCGGAACUAGCUCGGAAAGAGAAAAUAACAAUCCCUCAAAAAGGGGAAGAAACGGGCCUGUAAACGAUUCUGUGGUCACCAUAAGUCACGAACAACUUGACGAGCUUCUAACAGCUCUAGAGACAACAAGUGAUUUGAUCAAACAAGUCGGAAUGAACUCUGUGGAGUUAGAAAAUUUAACCAGGCGACGACGGAAUCACAGAAUACCAAAAUGUGUUACGAACAAUCUUUUGCUGCUAACAGUUUUCUGGCAGAUUCUAAACAUCGCUGCUGUGAGUAUUGCUGAGGCUUUUGCAAACCAGUCCAAGGGUGAAGACAAAACAGAGGAAAAAACCAUAUAUUUAGUGAGCAUUAUUGUGAUUGUGGUUUUCCAGGCAGCAAAUCUCAUUUUGGUGAUCUUUACAACAAUCAAACUGACCAAGCAAAUAAUGCAUCAAACAGUGACAAAGUCUUUUCUUGCCCAGUCCUUUCUUUCAACAACACUUCUCUAUGCAGGGCUCUACACACUGGUCUACAAAUUUAAGCCUACUGCAUUUCAGCACAUUUCAGGAGCCAAAAAUCCAUGGAGUACACCAUUAACAUUUUUCAAGAUGACCGUUUUCUCCAUUUCAACUGGAACUUUGUGUGGCAGUUCCUCCAUUGUUCCAGAUAUGUGGGUAGCGCAGCUUAUUGCUUCGACACAGAUGUUGAUGAGUUACGUUUAUUUUGCGUCUGUCUUGUACAUGGCCGUUCACCCACCCAAGAAUGAUUUAAAAUGGAAAGUCAUCAGCCGAAGUAACCAAUACAGAAAUCUUAACCAAAGAUGAAGUCGCGAUUAAUUUUGGAGGACAAAGAGGCAAACUUAAGACGGACUAAGAGAUUCCCUUUUAUUUUUCAAACCCAGGGAAAAGGGAACGACACUGAGCCACUAGGUAUUUUUGUUUACUUUAUUCGCUCUAUUUUCUUUGGCAUUUUUAGCGCCAAAAACUAGAAAAAAGUUAAACAGUAACGCUGAAAGGCAUGGUCCUUACUAUUUAACAAAAUCCAACGCAAAGGGGACUUAAAUUAAUCCACUCCUCCUGGGUGUGGUGCACUUCACAAGUAGCUUACGUACAUGUAUUAAGGGUUGUAUCCCGUCCGUGUUUGUGCCUCUGAAGUCUUUAGUAGAUCAUCACUUUUGUUUUCUUUAUCAAAAUCAGACAUUCUCAUUGAGGAUCGUUUAUAAAAUUAGUUUAUAGGGAAAUGUUUUUUAAAUUCAUUGGGUUAGCAGCC